AUGAAAGAAGAGAAAGCUAAGGCGAUGAAGAGGUACAAUUGGCUUCGAGCCCCAGCGAAGGUGUUCCAUUUUUUGGAAUUGCUUAUAGCUUUGCUGUUUUUAGCAUGGACAUUCGAGCGCCUGCCGUUCGCCGUCAAAAUCUCCGGCGACUUCGUUCUAAAACUCUGCGGUGUCAUCGCGAGUCCGCUCUUUGUUUUCCUCGUCUGUAACGUCAUCAUCGCCAUUCUCAUUGCUAAGUCUGGCAUCUUCUCCACCGUUAACAAUGCAGAUCCCAAACUCUACGAGGAAAUUACCAAAAAUGUUGAGGAGGAUCGUUCCAAAUUGGAGUCUCAAGAAGAAGAUGAGGAUCGUGAUAAGGAAAUCAUCUCUGAAGUGAAGAAAUGCACUCGCACGAGGGAAGAAAUGGAGUGGCCAUCGGAGUCCGACUCCGAAGUUGAUAAUCCGGGAGUGUAUAGAACGAGUAAGUCGGAGAAGUUGGCGGUAAAAAAGAACAAGGAGAAAGUGAAAAAGGAAUUACGACGAUCAGCGAGCGAGAAGUGCCGAAAAAAUGAAAACAUCGAUGAUGAAUUGCUUCCAGAAGACGAACUGAGUAACGAAGAGUUUCAACGAACAAUCGAAGAUUUCAUCAAUAAACAAUUGAGGUUUCGCCGGGAAGAGUCCCUGUCCAUUGUUCUCCAGAGGUAUGCUUGA